AUUUCCUGCGUUAAACCACGCUCUCAUCAUCUCUUCACUUUUUGUCUCUCUGCAAAUUAAACUCCACCUCUAGGGUUUAAGGUUUAAGCCUCGCACACAUUUCCACUCUCAGUAUUUCACCUAAACCUUACUCGCGAUGUCACUCUAUGGCAUCCUCCUACGCUCUCUCCGCCGUUCCUCCGCCGCUGUCAGAACUCAACUUACACCGUCCGUUCAUCCUCACCCAACACCACAACUACCACCUCCUCAAAACCCUAACUUCCUUCUCCCUCAGCGAUCAUACGCAUUUUCUUCAGCCGAAGAAGCCGCCGCCGAACGCCGCCGUCGCAAGCGCCGCCUCCGUAUUGAACCACCAAUCAACGCCCUCCGUCGUGAUCCACUCCCGAGGGGACCGCCUUCACCUGACGACCCUCGUUCCCGCCUUCCCGAUACCACGUCGGCACUGACCGGCCACCGGCUUAACCUUCACAAUCGCGUUCAGUCUCUCAUCCGCGCCGGGGAUUUGGAAUCCGCAGCUGCCGUUGCUCGUCACGCCGUUUUCUCAAACACACGGCCGACUGUAUUCACGUGUAAUGCUAUCAUCGGUGCUAUGUAUCGCGCCGGCCGAUACAGUGAUGCUAAGGCUUUGUUUCAGUACUUUUUCAAUCAGUAUAGUAUUAUUCCUAACGUUGUUUCAUACAAUCAUCUCAUUGUGUCACAUUGUGAAGCUGGUGAAGUUGAUGAAGGCUUAAAAGUAUACAGUCAUAUUCUUGAAAAUGCACCUUUUAGUCCAUCUGCUGUGACAUAUCGCCAUCUUACUAAAGGAUUAAUUGAUUCGGACCGUAUAGCAGAAGCUGUAGAUUUGCUUAGGGAAAUGCUUAAUAAAGGACACGGUGCGGAUUCUCUAGUUUAUAACAAUUUGAUAUUAGGGUUCCUGAAUUUGGAUAAUUUAGAGAAAGCGAAUGAGCUGUUUGACGAGUUGAAAGAGAGGUGUACUGUUUAUGAUGGGGUGGUGAAUGCUACUUUUAUGGACUGGUUUUUCAAGCAGGGGAAGGUAAAAGAGGCGAUGGAAUCGUAUCGAUCCCUUCUUGAUAAAAAGUAUAGGAUGGUUCCUGCGACUUGUAAUGUGCUGUUGGAGGUGUUGUUGAGGCAUGGGAGGGAAACGGAGGCGUGGGUGUUGUUUGAUGCCAUGUUAGAUGAUCACACACCACCAACGUUCCAGGCUGUGAAUUCAGACACUUUUAAUUUAAUGGUGAAUGAAUGUUUUAGGUUAGGGAAGGUUUCAGAGGCCUUGGACACCUUCAAGAAGGUGGGGAAGGGCCUCAAGACCAGACCUUUUGCAAUGGACGUUGCGGGUUACAAUAAUAUGAUAUCGAGACUUUGUGAGCUAGAAAUGAUGGAGGAAGCAGAAAAAUAUUAUAUGGAGUUGUGUAACAAGUCAUUGAGCCCAGAUGUCACAACUUAUAGGACAAUGAUUGAGGCAUAUGUGAAGAUGGAGAAUGUUGAAGGCACGUUGGAGAAAUACACGAAGAUGGUGGAGGCAGGGCUGAGAGUCAUUCCAAUCUAUGCUGACAAAUGGUUUAAUUUCUUGAUUGAGAAAGGCAAGGUCGCGGAGUGCGUGCCUAUUCUGACCAAGAUGGGUGAGAGAGAACCAAAACCUGAUGUCACAACUUAUGAUAUUGUGAUUAGGGCACUAUGUGGAGAAGGCAAUUAUGAUGCGAGUUCCAAUUUAGUAAUUCAGAUGAUAAACUAUGGCGUUGGUCUCACCAGUGCCCUCAGGGAGUUCCUGUUAGAAGCUUUUGGUAACCAAGGUCGUCGUGAGGAGAUUGAAAGAGUUUUUGCUACAAAGCCGACUUACUUCCCAUCUUCUAGACCAUCAGGGCCACCUCGAGGGCACGUUCCAUGGCUUUCACAAAUACCUAGACAAUCAGCAGGAACUUCUCAGGUUCCAGCCCAGCAGACGUCACCACCUUCUUUUUUCGAGGGACAAGGAUCAUCACAAGUGCAAAGUCAUCUUUCAGCUCGUAACUCAUUGUGGCAGCAAAAUUCAUCUCCCUCUUUCAUGGGAGGACAAGGAUCACCACAAAUGCAAAGUGCAGCAUAUGCUCCUAGCUCCAUGUCGCAGCAGUCUUCAUCACCUUCUUUCAUGGGAGGACAAGGAUCACCACAAAUGCAAAGUGCAGCAUAUGCUCCUAGCUCCAUGUCGCAGCAGUCUUCAUCACCUUCUUUCAUGGGAGGACAAGGAUCACCACAAAUGCAAAGUGCAGCAUAUUCUCCUAGCUCCAUGUCGCAACAAUCUUCAUCACCUUCUUUCAUGGGAGGACAAGGAUCCUCACAAAUGCAAGGCCAGCAGUCAGUGCCUAAUCCUAGCUGGCAACAAGCUUCACCACCUUCUUUCAUGGGAGGACAAGGAUCAUCACAAAUGCAAGGCCAGCAGUCAGUGCCUAAUCCAAGGUGGCAACAAACGGCACCACCCUCUUUUGUUGCUGGACAAGGAUCACAUCAAAUGCAAGGUCAGCCUUCACCUUUUGCACAAAAUCCGCAUCAGGCAUCAUCACCUUCUUUUACUCAACAAGGAGCUUCACCACCAUCUUUCAUGAAUGGACAAAGAUCACAGCAGAUGCAAGGUCAACAAGGAGCUUCACCACCGUCCUUCAUGGAUGGGCAAAGAUCACAGCAGAUGCAAGGUCAGCCAUCAGCUUUUGCAAGAAACGUGCAGCAGUCCUCACCGCCUUCUUUUGUGCCACAACAAGGAGCUCCACCACACUCUUUCAUGGCUGGACAAGGAUCACUGCAAAGGCAAGGUCAUCCACCACCUUCAUUCAUGUCACAACAAGGAGCUUCUCACAUGCAAGGUCAGCCAUCAGGUUUCACACAUGUUCCACAAUGGUCAUCUCCAUCCACUUAUAUGGCAGGACAAGGAGGAAACCAUCAAAUGCAAGGUCAGCCAUCAGGUUUCACACAGACUCCACAAAAGGCAUCACCUUAUUCUAUGGACAUACAAAGAGAGUCUGCUCAUACUCCACUAAAUGAAAUCUCACAUGCUUCCCAAUCAUUUAGAGGUGCCCUCGAAAUGCAAGGUCCAGCAUCAGCCUUUACACAAGUACCUAGGCAAAAUAUAAGUCCUCAAGUAACAAAAGAGGCAUCAUCCCAAGGGGACAACGUCGAGCAAUACCCCCAAGUGGUAGGCCAAGGGAGAAUGUGAUUUGUGAAGCAUAGUUUCUCUGGCGGGCCUGCUUUUGUUACAGUUAUCUGAUUAGUACUGCAGGAAUAGGAAACAUCCUCUUGAUGUCACAUGCUGUCAUAGUUGAUGUGGCUACGAUCAUGGGUUAAUAUGCAUCAAUAGAAAUCAUUGGAAAUUUUGUAGAGAAAUUGAUGGGUUUAGGGUGAUUUGAGUUGCUCAUAAGUGAAUUACCUGUCCUUGGUGAAAUGAAUUAAAUUGUAAUAUUGCUGAGAAAAUAUUCCUAUUUAUUCUACAUCUUGUAUUCUGAAAUUUUCCCCUUUCAUAUUAAUAAAAUUCGCCUCAUCAAAAACAAUA